GGCGUCCGCGAAAUACACGCCACCCUUGACGACGCCGAUUGCGAGACCGCGUGAUUGACAGAAUGCUGGCCGGCGUGCUGUGGGGCCUGGGGGCGCUGGUCGUGCUGCAGGUCAUCUGGACGCUGCGGAACCGGCGCCUGCUCAAGCUGUGCAACCAGAUUCCGGGGCCCAGCUGGUUCCCCGUCAUCGGCAACUUCUUCAGCAUUUUGGCGUGCAAUUUCGAUUUCAUCAAGAUGGUGUACGUGUACCGCUCGCGCUACGGCCACAUCUACCGCAUCUGGUUCGGCCCGCUGUGCUACGUGGGGCUCUCGCAGGCCAAGGACGUGGAGACCAUCAUGAGCAGCCAGAAGUUCAUCCACAAGAGCCGCGACUACAGCCUCAUGCACCCGUGGCUCGGCACCGGCCUGCUCACCAGCACCGGUUCCAAGUGGCAGCACCGCCGCCGCAUCAUCACCCCCACCUUCCACUUCCGCAUCCUGGACCGCUUCAUGGACUCGUUCAACCGCAACUCGGACAUCAUGCUGCAGAGCCUGGCGCGCGAGGACGGCAAGCCCGCCUUCGACGUGCACCACUACCUGUCCCUGUGCACGCUGGACAUCAUCUGCGAGUGCGCCAUGGGGACCCAAGUGCACGCGCAGCUCCAGUCCAAAGAGUCGUCGUACGUGAAGGCAGUCAACAGCAUGUGCUGGCUGCUGUACUACCGCGGCGUGCGGCCCUGGCUGCUGCUCGACUUCAUCUUCAGCCGGACCGCCAACGGCAAGCUCUUCAACAACAACCUGCGCGCGCUGCACGCCAUGUCCCGCGACGUCAUCACGAAGCGCCGGCAGGAGUACCUGGAGGAGAAGGACCGCAUCAGGGCGGCGGGGCUCAACGGCGUGGUCGCCAAGGCCGUCAUCAGGACCGACUCGGGGGACCUGGCCGCCAAGGUGGAGGCGGCCACCUGGGUCACGCAGGAGGAGGACAACGUCUACGGUAGCAGGAAGCGCAGCGCCUUCCUGGACCACUUGCUGGAGCUGGCCGAGACCGAGAACCUGAGCGACGACGACAUCCGCGAGGAGGUGGACACCAUCAUGUUCGAGGGCCACGACACGACGGCCGCCUGCCUGAGCUUCGCCGCCUACUCCUUGGCCACGAACCAGCACGUCCAGGACAAGCUGCACGACGAGCUGCAGCGCAUUUUCGGCGACUCGGACCGCGACGCCACGUUCCACGACCUGGCCGAGAUGAAGUACCUGGAGCGGGUCAUCAAGGAGACCCUGCGGCUGUACCCCAGCGUGCCGCUGUUCUGGCGAGACAUCCGCGAGGAGGUGACGCUCGGCAGCGGCUACACACUGCCCAAGGGAUCCACCGUCGCGCUCAACAUGUUCAUGCUGGGGAGGAACCCGGACGCCUUCGACGACCCCGAGCUGUUCGACCCGGACCGCUUCCUGGCCGAGAACUGGCACGGCAAGCACCCCUUCGACUACACACCCUUCUCCGCGGGCCCCAGGAACUGCGUCGGUCAAAAGUUCGCCAUGCUGGAGCUCAAGGUAGUCCUGUCCAAGCUGGUCCGCAACUACCGCCUGCUGCCGCCGCCGCAGCGCUUCUCGCUGGACCUGGCCGUCGAGGUGGUGCUCAAGUCGCGGUCGGGCGUCAUGCUGCGGGUGGAGCGGCGCCACCGGAAGGCAGCGGCGCGCCCGCACGCCCAGCCCGCCUUCACGAGCGGCAUGGGGCCCAGGAGCACGGCCUGAGCCGCGCCGCAGCGUUCGUUGGAUCUCCGAGACAUUGUGAUGUUCAUAGGCUAGGCAACGCGAGAGAGUACUGAGACAGAGUGAAGGCCUUCAUCGUAAAAUAAGUAGGACAUAAGUUGCAUUACCCGUGUCGUUGCGUUAAGGAGCACACACACUUACCUAGUUAGGAUUAUUUUUACUGUCACUUUUUAAGAUCAAUAAAGUUACCGUUCGCGCGAACAACGACCAACUUUA